AUGGCUGAUUCAUAUGAUGAAGAGUGUGAUUACCUUUUUAAAGCAGUUCUUAUUGGAGACUCUGCAGUUGGGAAAUCAAAUCUGCUAUCAAGGUUUUCAAGAGACGAAUUCCGGCUUGAUUCUAAGCCAACUAUAGGGGUUGAAUUUGCUUACCGGAAUAUAAGAGUUGGUGAUAAGCUCAUCAAGGCUCAAAUAUGGGAUACUGCUGGCCAAGAAAGGUUCAGAGCUAUUACUAGUUCAUACUACCGGGGGGCUCUAGGCGCAUUGCUAGUAUAUGACAUUACUAGGAGAGCAACGUUUGACAAUGUGAAGAAAUGGCUGCGUGAGCUAAGAGAGUUUGGGAGUUCAGACAUGGUGGUUGUUCUUGUUGGAAAUAAAUCUGAUAUUGGUCAUUCUAGAGAAGUUGAGGAAGAAGAUGGCAAAAAUCUUGCUGAGACUGAAGCUUUGUAUUUUAUGGAAACAUCAGCACUGGAGAAUUUGAAUGUGGAGGAAGCAUUUAUGCAAAUGAUCGGUCGAAUCCAUGAAAUUGCAAGCCAAAAAAGUUUGGAGGCUAAAAAGAAUGAAACGACAAUUACUACUAUAAAGACUCUUCCGGUUGGAAAAGAAGUAAUUAACAUUGAUGAAGUAUCAGCAACUAAACAAGCUGGGUAUUUCAGUGUGGCCAUUGAGGAACAAUUGAUUAUAAACAAAAAUGUUGAUGAUGCUGAUAUUCAUAUUGAUCAGCAAGCAGCAGAAUCGUUGAAGAAGAACGAGCAGUCACGAUCUGAAGAUGAAAAAUUUAAUCUUCCAGCGAAAACCGGAGGUCCUGUGUCUUUGAAGGAUCAAUUGAAGAAGAAAACACAUGAAUUUAACAAUAGCAGCAAUGAAUACAAGGGAAAACUGAAUGCUGAUUUUGCUAUUAAUAAGAAUCAUAUUGUUAAUAACAAUGUUAUUAGUAGUGUUAAUGAUAGUAGUGGUGGAGAUAAGGAGGUUUUGAAUGCCCCGAAAAUUUCUCCAAAACCUAAGGCAACGCUUACUGAUAGUGACUGGACUGAGCUACUUGGUACUCCUCCGAGUCAGAAUGCAAGCACGCCUAAUCGGAAUAAUGGGGCGUCUGUGAUUCGUGGGUUAAGAAAGGAGGGUAGGAGGCAGGGGAGUUUGGGUUCGAAUUUGUCAGUGGUAGAUGCAAAAAGGAAUCAGAAAGUUAGGGGUAAUAGUGAUAAGAAAAAUAGUGGGGUUGUACCGAAGAGGUUGGAUUUAAAGUUGAAUGGGAAACCUAGUGAUGGAGAGGAGUCUAGCUCGUCGGCUAGGUCUUCAAGUGUUGAGUUGCAGAGUGAUGGUAAGGUUAUGGAUGGGAGAGAAUUGGAACAAAAUAAAAAUGUUGGUGGUGAGGUAAGCGAAGAAAGGAAGGAUGCAGGAAGUGAAGAAAAUGGUGCACAUUCUGAAACCAAGGAUGUUGCGGACGAGGAGGUUUUGCAGGUGGGAAAUAAGAAUCAUGCUUUGCUUUCUGUACCGGAGAAAAUAGAUGGGAUAUCUGAUGUGAAGAAGGGAGUUGGUGAUGUUUAUGAUCGCUUGAAAAACACUGUGAAAGGGAAGCGUGGGGCUCGUGCUUCAUCUAGAAGUUCUGUCUUGGAUGAUUUCAAGAAAAAUUCUUCGACUAGUGAUGAGAGCUCUGAUUCAGAUAGUGAUUUGGGUUCAUCAUCUGAUUCUGAGAGUGAACGUGAGAGGGAGAGAAGGAAGAAGAUUUUGGCAGAGAAAGCAGCAGCUAAAGCUGUGGAGGCCAUCAAGGAGCGGGAGAAUAUGGUUGCCAGAUUGGAAGGGGAGAAGCAGAGCUUAGAGAAAACACUUGAAGAACGAGCAAAACAACAAGUACAAGAGGUUGGUGCUUUUGAUUCUUACAAUGCUUCUGAGCUGCAGACAACUACAAUGGAAACGAUGGAGGCUGUUGAGUUAGAAAAGCAGAAACAUAAUAAUACUAGAAUGGAAGCUCUUGCCCGAUUGGCUAAACUCGAGAAUGCAAAUACUGAUCUUGCAAGAUCCCUUGCUACUGCACAGAAAAAUCUUGAACUAGAGAUGCUAGGUUUGCAAAUUGUGAGAUCUGAUUACUAUUUAAGUUUUGGGACUGAAGGAGUAGAACUCAGGAGGAAGAUCUCCAAGACUCACCAGACUGGAACAUAUCUAAACCAGGCUGCAGCUUCAAAAGGAGUUGAAUUUGAACGGGAGAUUCUUGAGACAGAAUACUCAUUCCUAAUUGAUAAAAUUCGAAGAUUGGAAGACAAGGCAAAGAAGCUGGAAGCAGAUAUUGAGAUGACAAGAAAAGAGAUGGAGGAUCCGACUGAAGUAGAAAUGGAGCUCAAGCGAAGGCUAGGCCAGUUAACUGACCAUUUGAUUCAGAAACAAGCCCAGAAUGUAUUGUCAGUGCUGCGUGGAGACAAUUUUGACAUGGAUUAUUCAUCCCAGGUUGAGGCGCUUUCCUCAGAGAAGGCAACCCUUACUUUCAGAAUUGAGGCUGUUUCAAGGUUGCUAGAAGAAAAUAAGUCGGUGAUGAAUUCAAGGGAUUUAGAAUCAGGAACAUGGACAAUUUCUGACUCAAAGUUGAUGUUUGAGGACAAAAUUCGUGCCGGAAGGAAACACUUAGGAUCGUUGGUUCAGCAGUUGGAUGCCAUAUUCCUUGCUGCAUGUGAUAAAGCUUCUUGGCUAGCUGCAAAGAGCUUGGCUAAUGUGGUGGUGUGGAUGGCUCCAAUUACAGCGAGGGAGUGA